AAGAGCACCUUCUUGAGUUAGUCACCCACAGCAGUGUGUAGGACAAGUGCAGGGAGAGAGAGAGGAAAAAAAGCCGCUGUAGUGAUUGAUAUAACUAAAUCGAGCAUCUGGGCUGCUUUACGCGUCUUUGACGUGCGCGCGUGGUGAGCCCUGAGUUGCGCUAUUGACAAAACACUCUUUAUUGAGCAAUCCGGGGCGGACAUAAGUGCUGAUUGUCCGCAAUUGACAAGCAGCGGAGCAGCCAGGGGGCCUUGGCGCUUGAUGAUGUCUUUUCUUGCGGGUCACUGAGAGGAAUCAAACUUAUCUACAAAAGGAGGACACAGGUACAGGUGCUGCGCUCAAGCCAUGGACGGCGCGCUGUACCACUCUGCGGGAAUAUUCGGCGCCCCUUCGGCUUCGACGGGAGCAAGCAUGAUGGCGAGCUCCAAACCUCUCGCUUUUUCGAUCGAAAGGAUUAUGGCCAGGACGCCCGAGCCAAAGUCGAUACCGUUCCCCAACUUGCUCCACGCUCCCGCGGGGAAAGCGGAGCCCAAGCAGUCUCCCGCGCCGCUGCACUGCAUGAUCCCCCUCAUGCCGCUCGCCUGCGAGCCACCUCAUAAACUUCACGUCAAUGGAUUAGACCACCCUGACGCGUUUUCCUACAACGCGAGCGAGCUGCUGAGCAUCGGCUUGAAUUACAAGAACGAGCAACCAGACGCGACGCCAUCGGCCAUAGGACAGUACAAACUCUUCCGGCCGCGCGUCGUCAACCAGGCGUCGUUCCACGCCAUGGGCGCCGCCGUCUGUUACCUGAACUGCGGGGAAAGCGCGUGUGCGCCUCACGCGGGUCUGGUGAACCUGCACCCCAUGGCGUCGUACCUCCUCAACGCGCCGCUGCACGCGCGCCAGAAGAGCCUGUUCUCCUCGGAGAAGAGCAAACCGGACAGGUGUGCUCCUCCCGGCGCGUCUUUUAAGGAGCUUUCUCACUCUCACCUGCACCAUUACAUGAAGGAGAGCGCGCACAUCUUAUCGGAGAAGCUGUUCAAGAACUCCGCGGCCAAAUUAAACGGCGGCUCUCCUCAAACCAAACCAAAGGUGUUCACCUGUGAAGUUUGUGGCAAGGUGUUCAACGCGCACUAUAAUUUAACGCGUCACAUGCCGGUUCACACGGGCGCCAGACCGUUCGUCUGCAAAGUGUGCGGUAAAGGAUUCAGACAAGCGAGCACUCUGUGCCGCCAUAAAAUCAUCCACACUCAGGAAAAACCGCAUAAAUGCAACCAAUGUGGCAAAGCUUUCAACCGAAGUUCAACUCUCAACACUCACACACGAAUUCACGCGGGAUAUAAACCCUUCAUUUGUGAAUUCUGCGGCAAAGGAUUUCAUCAGAAAGGUAGCUGUUCUAAAAGGAAACUACAAAAACCACAAACUGACCCACAGCGGAGAAAAACAGUUCAAGUGCAAUAUCUGCAACAAAGCCUUCCACCAGGUGUACAACCUCACAUUUCACAUGCACACGCACAACGACAAGAAGCCUUUCACCUGUCCGACAUGCGGCAAGGGUUUCUGCAGGAACUUUGAUCUUAAGAAACAUAUUAGGAAACUGCACGACAUUUCCACAGGACCCCACUCUCCAUCGACACCCACUGCGAGCCUGGAGGCGCAGUAAAACUCCUCUGCGUCCCGGGGAAAAGAAAAAAAAACUAAUCGCGCAUGCAACGUUUUGUUUUUUAAAUGUAUUUUUCUUAUGAUUUGUAUCAUUUUGAGCGACCGUCAUCUUUGUUGAAGCUCGUCUGUGAAUGGUAGAUUGAUUCUUUUUACUCUCAGGGUAACGACAGUCUUAUUUAUUUGAAACUGUACUGUUGUCAUUAACUUAAAGAGAGUAAUCGAAACCUGUAUAUGGAACAUUAUUUCUCGUGACCGCUGUGUAUUUUAAACCCCAUUUUAUAUGUUUAUUAUUUAUACAGUUCUUUGUAUUAGGUAUACUGUUUGCCAACUGUAAACGUUUUGUUAAAUCAAUGUGAAUAUAUAUGCAAGGUUUGUUGUAAAUUUCCAAUGACAUCCAAUCUGUCAAAAAGAUUAUAAAACGUAUGAUAAAGGGGGUAGGGAAUCAAAAUAAAUAAAACAUAUCUUAUGCUAUUUUUUUUUCUUUGUGAGUGCAAGCAGACUGCUGUUUUUAAGACGCAUGUUAUAAAGAAGAUUAUCGGAAAUAAUAGAUCGUAUCUGAGAGAUCGAGACUAUAUAAAUAAGCCAAGGAAGAGUUUCAGCGUCCUUUCUUUCUUGUCGAGCAAUAUCCAUAU